AAAGAAGGCUGCAAAUUGAGCACACCAUGCUAUCCCUUCCACCAUGAGUUUUAACACAGUAUAUACAGUAGCGCUAAGCGCAACUCUCCCGAUUUCAGCGUGUACGAAAUUGAACUGCACAUGCGCGAGCUAAGUAGGUAACCAAUCACAUAACAGAUUUUCUGUCGCAUUUUCUCUUACUGUUUUUCUAUAGCUCUUUCUGUCACACAUUUAAAUGCCAUGUAGAAUUCGGUUAGAAUUGGCGGGAGCAGACGUUUAGCUGUACAUCAGCUGUAUAGAAUCGAAGUGAAAAGCUGUGUCAAAAAAAAUAGAUAGUGAGAAGUGUUCAGUGCUCAGUGGUGUUCAGUGACUGAGUGGAAAUUAAUAUUAACUGUCGAGGAGAAUCUUUGUUCAGAGAAUAGUUGAUCUGUAUAAAUUUUAAUUAUAAGAUUUAUACAGAUUUUCUAUUCUCUUCUAGAAGCACCUUUAAUCUUAGCUUUGUUGCAGGUGCAGCUUCUUGGAAGAUACAGAUAAUAAAAUAUAAGGAAAGAGAAUGUCAGCUUCUAAAUCAAGUUUAUGGUGUGUCGUAAAGGAGUGUAACAAUACUACGGAGAAAAGACACUUCUUUUUAUUUCCAAAGGAAUAUGAUAGAUGGUUGCAAUGGAUACGUGCAUGUGGAAGGUAUGAUUUAGAGGUAAUGGGUCCCGAAUACGCUCAUCGCAACUAUCGACUGUGCCACUUGCAUUUUGAAGAAAAGUGGUACAAAAUAGGCAAAAGUAGAGCCAAUCUUCAUCCUGAUGCAAUACCAACUAUAUUUUUUGGGACAAACAAUACAUCUGUAACAUCAGAAAAUGUUGGAAAUAUAGUUGAGGCUUGUCAAAAAGAAGAAACAAGCAGCAAUAUCCAGUCAACAGAAAUAUUGCCCAUGGAUACCUAUGCCGACAUUGCUAAACCGAGUACAUCCAGCAAUACUGAUUUAUCAACUGUGACAGAAAGUCCGAGGAAGAGGAAAUUAAAAGACCGAAAUUUAAAGUUAAAGGCAGAAAAUAAAAUGCUGCGAGAAAGAAUUAGACGGCUUCAAAAGAAGAUCGAAAAAUUGAAAAAUAUAAGAAAAAAUAAGGAAGAUGUCAAGGAACAUGAGAGUCUCCGUCAGUUAGGUUGUAAGUUACUACCUCCAAAUGUGGCACAAUUAUUAUCUGCACUGGGAGAGAAGAUAUAAUCCACAUAUAUUAUAUCCACGUUCAUGUUUUAUUAAUGUUUAUGAUUUAAUAUUUAUUGCUUUAUUUUUUAGGAUUAAGAUGUUUUAAAACUGAUUAUGUAUUUCUCGGGUGCGAUGUGGUCUGCAUUCUUUUCCUUUACUGUCACUAUUUCUUUUUUAUUACUGGUGCAACUGUGUGUGUAAGAUAAGGUGCAUUAGAAUGUAAGAUAAAAUAUUAAUUUUUUUUAUCUUUUUUUAUCUUUUUUUUACAUAAAUAGGUAUUCCUGUUUCUUGUGCCAAGAAUUAUAAUAGCUGCAUUAAUAAAUAGAAAACUACAAGAAGAAGAAGAAUUGUAUAAAUACUACUAUUAUAUAUAAAAAGUUUGAAAUUGUGUAUAACUUUCAAAAUAUAAAUUUUUAUUAGAAGUUAAUUCAUUUAUAAUUACAUAAUGUUAAUAUUAGGUUAAUAAGAAUUUUAAUAUAAUGUUUGUUUUAUAAAUAUUAUUAGUCUUAUUUUAAUUGUUUCUAUUAUUCCCCGUAUGAUCUAAACAUUUAUAGAAAGAUUUUACGUAUCACUCUUAAAUACACUUCGUAUCAAAUUUUUAUAAUCAGUUAAAAAUCUAUAAAUUAUGUAUAUGAUUACAAAGUAAAGUUAUUUAAGCCAAA